GUUGUGGUUUCGUUCUCCGUCUCAAGUCGGAAUACGCGUCUCUCAACUCUCAACAUCAACCUUUCAAGUCAAGCCUUCGGUUUUUAAGUAUAUUUUAGUUAGUAGCUAAACAAGUUUGUCCGAUAGACUGAUGUGCUGUACGGGAACAGUGUAUCCACCUACCUUACCAUAAGUGUUUUCUAAUAUCUUCAUAUUUCCCUUCAAUAUUGUUUUCUUAACAGUACACAAAUGUGAACCGAAGAAUUUUGUGUCCCUGUGUGUCCAUUGUCCAGAUCGCUAAAAACAUGUUGAAACUGCUCAUCCCCCUGGCUCUUCUGACUACAGUCCUCUUUCUAACCAUCCACACCGUGGACAGCUGCAACGAAGCCGUAUGCGGCAGCGUAGUCAGCAAAUGCUUGCUGACAAAAUCCUGCAAUUGCGAUUUGAAGAACUGCACUUGCUGCAAGGAGUGUUUUAACUGUCUCAGUUAUUUGUACAGCGAAUGUUGCUCCUGCGUGGACAUGUGUCCCAAACCGAACGACACUGGAACCGACCUGAGUAGAAAAUCCCAUGUGGAAGAUUUCGAUGAAGUGGUCCCGCAGUUAUUUAUGGUUUUAACAGAGUUACCUGAUCCCCAUAAAAGAUGGGAAACCAAGACCUUCCCUGUAGAUAUGGAAUUCAAUCAUUACGAACCUAAAAAGGAAAUUAAAAUUACCAUGUUGAGCGCCGAGCAAGAAGUCGAUCCAGCCAAACAGAACAUGAUCACGGUGAAUUGCACAGUGGCAUUUUGGGCACAAUGUAUGAGCUGGACCAAAUGUAAAUCCAGUUGUCUGAGCAUGGGGGCAUCUAGUUACAGAUGGUUCCACGACGGUUGCUGUGAGUGCAUCGGGCAGUAUUGUCUUAAAUUCGGCAUCAACGAAAGCAGAUGUUCAGAGUGCCCUGGCGGAGAAGAAAGCAAGCAGCUCGUAGAUGACGAUGAAGACGAUUACGAUUACGGUGAACACGAUGAUGAUGACGAAGAUGUUUGAAUACUAACAAAAUUAACCCACUGUUUUUGUAUGUACGUUUAUUUAAAAAUGCCAUUUAAUUAAUUAGAACGUAUUCCUAG